CAUGAUGAAUAACAUCUUCGGGAGCUCGAUAUGGCAACCGCUGGAUUUAGCCUGCACGGACGAGCACCCAACAUGGUGGAACGUUGCGGCAAGCCUUUCAUCUGACAUCAUCCAAUUGAGAAUGAUCCAAGGAAAGGAUGAUCAUGAUCAUGAGGAUAUCGAAAACAACAAUGACCGCCACAAAAAGCUUUGUUUCAAUAAUAUUCCAUUGAGGAAUCUAUCAGUGAAGCUGCAAUAUCAUCAGCCUGCUGCUGACCAUAAAUGGUACAAAACUCUUCCUCCGGGUGAAAUGUUGCCAAGAAAUGAGACACUUGGAGGCUACAUCUUUGUAUGCAACAAUGAAACAAUGCAAGAAGAUCUUCGUCGCCAACUUUUUGGGCUUCCACAGAAAUAUAAGGACUCUGUAAGGGCAAUAACUCCUGGAUUGCCUCUUUUUCUCUAUAACUAUACUGCCCACCAGCUUCAUGGAGUUUUCCAGGCUGUAAGUUUUGGAGGGUCAAACAUUGACCCAACUGCUUGGGAAGAUAAGAAAUGCAGAGGAGAAUCAAGAUUUCCAGCCCAGAUCGGAUUGAGGCCUCAUGAGAAGGCUUAUGAGGCAUCAUGA